UCUGUCUGCAUUUCACAUGGAUAAUUACACCAGUGAUGAAGACAUAGACAAUGAGUUUGACACCCAGCUCAUCAUUCAACAGAGUUUACAGGAUAUUCACAAGCCGGAAACUACACAGCAGUCACCUGAAGAUGAGAGCUUUUUGAUUGCAGACUGUAAGAGGAUAGUUGAAACAAUAGAGACAGUUAAGUACUCUUCCUAUUCUAUCCCCUUCAACUUGUGGUAAGAUGUAAUGGUGACAACUGGUAGCAUUUCCCCUCUAAGUUCAGGAAGCCUAGAAGCAGGAUCUCCCAAGUGCCGAACACUAUGGGGUCAACAGCUAAUUGUCAAGAGUCUGAUGGGGCCUUUCCUGGGAGAAACUACUUCAGCAAAAUUUAGCAAACAGCUCCUGGGCUCCUCGGUGGACAGAGCUGUUUUCUGUAUGUAACAAGAUGACGGGUAUUCACAGGUCCAGGUGGUAUGGAAUGCUAGAUGAAAGGCCUUACUGCUUGUUUGUCCUAUGCCAUUUAAAUUUGUCUUUCAUUAAAGGUAGUGCUAGAAUACUGUUGUCUCAUGCACUAACCUUGAUGAUGGAAUUCAGAAGCAGUAUGGGCUGCCUUGUAUAUGUGCCAAAUGUGAAUAUGUUCUCAUUUGACUUGUUAAUAGGUAAGGAAGAUGUAUUGUCAGGGUUGACCAAGUACCAUUCUGCUUUUGAUGAAGCAGAUGAGAUAGGCUGGCUUCCUCUCCAUAAGGCUGCAGUGCAAUUAAAUAAGAACAUUUUGGAAAUAACCCUGAAAGCUUCAAAACCCAGUGUGUGGGAGCAAACCACCAACAAUGGUGAAACACCACUUUUUUUGGCUGUCAGCCAUUGCCUCUUAGAAAAUGUCUGUUUUCUUCUUCUCAAUGGCUGCAAUCCAAAUGCCAAGAAUGUCGAAGGCAAUUCUCCUCUUCUUACAGCUGUUCUACAGGACUCCUACGAUAUGGCCGCCUUGCUGAUCAGCCAUGGAGCAGAUGUCAAUCUGCGGUGUGUCAAUGAGAAGACAGCUCUCCACGAAGCAGCCAGGCUGGGCAGACGGGACAUAGUGAAGCUCCUGCUGGUUUCUGGGGCCCACCCUGACCCAAAGAGCUCCUACGGAUUCACUCCUCUUGCUCUUGCUGCCCAAAGCGGACACACUAAAACCAUGGAACUAUUACUGCAGAAAGGAGCUAAUGCUCUUGGUCAGGCCUCUGAUUCUUCUUCCAUCUUACUUGAAGCAGCUAGUGGAGGAAAUCCAGACUCUGUAACUCUCUUGCUAGAGUAUGGAGCUGAUGCCAACAUCCCUAAGAAUUCAGGCCACCUGCCCAUUCAUGUGGCAGCUGACAGAGGCCACUUGUUAGCUCUGAAGAUUUUGGUUCCAGUCACAGAUUUUGCUGCCAUUAAGCGGAGUGGCAUCAGUCCAGUUCACUGUGCAGCAGCAGGAGCACACCCCAAAUGCCUGGAACUUCUCAUCCAGGCUGGGUUUGAUGUAAAUUUCAUGCUAGAUCAGAGAAUUCGCAAACACUAUGAUGACCACAGGAAGUCAGCUUUGUAUUUUGCUGUAUCAAAUGGUGACCUCUCUUCAGUUAAGCUGCUUCUGAGUGCUGGAGCUCUGCCUAAUCAAGACCCAGUUAACUGCCUCCAGGUAGCCCUAAGGAUGGGCAACUAUGAGCUGAUAAGCCUGCUGCUACGGCAUGGGGCCAACGUUAAUUACUUCUGCAAAGUGAACCCUUUACAUUUCCCAUCAGCACUUCAAUACACGCUGAAAGAUGAAGUCAUGCUCAGGAUGCUGUUGAAUUAUGGGUAUGACACAGAGCGAUGCUUUGACUGUCCUCAUGGAGACAAAGUUCAUCCUUUCUAUACUUUUGUUGAAGGCUGGACAUCUACAGUUAUCAAAGAUACUAUGUUCUGCGAAGUAAUAACUUUGUCAUGGCUGCAACAUCUCUCUGGAAAGGUUGUUCGAGUGAUGCUUGAUUAUGUUGAUCAAGUUAGGAUCUGUUCAAAGUUGAAAGCUGUGCUCCAAAAACAGAGGCUCUGGUCAGAAAUCCAUUUUAUCUUGACAAACCCUCGCUCCCUGAAACAUUUGUGCCGCCUCAAGAUCCGGAAGUGUAUGGGACGUUUACGUUUGCGCUGCCCCAUCUUCAUGUCAUUUCUUCCGUUACCCAAUCGUCUAAAGGCAUAUGUCCUUUACAAAGAAUAUGACCUUUAUGAACAAGGAAUUUUCACAGGAACCUGGUAAUCAAACUAUUCUGGAUGAAAAGGUAUAUAAUUCCACAGAUGUCUUUCUUAAAAUGUGACUUGUUACAUUGAUUCAUAUUUCUCACUUUACCUAGCAACUAAAAUCUCAAUGCAGUCUACAUUCUUUAAAAAGUCACUCUGAACAUAGCCUCUCAACAGAUGGCUGGCAUUCUGAAAGGCAGUUUUGUAAAAAUAAAACCCAAACAGUAAAAAUUUCAAUUAACUAAGAUACAUCAGUUCUAAUACUGUAUUCAUCUUACAUUAAAUGUAUAAAUCCACAUUUCUACAUGCUCAAAAUAAUAAAUGCUACCUCUGAUAAUUCAUAAUUCUUAACAGUAAUCCUUCUUAUAGAGAAGUACAUAUAUAAAAUGUCUUAGUGACUGCAGUGAAUAAAGUAUUGACCCCAGUACAUGACCCUAAAAUUAGCUGUUCUUGUACAAAAGUCCCAAGGCCAGUUUAUUGUCUGUUUACUUGCCGAGUCCAUUACUGAGGUAAUUCAGUUAAUUGAAAGAGAACCUUCAAUUGCGAUUUCAUCAUUAAUGGGAUACAUGCGUUCCUUCUUCCUACAAAACCCUGGCUAAGGGUUGCCAUUUAUUGGUUAAUGUGAUCACUACAAGUGUUUUCAAAUGGAUGAUGGCUUAUGAUUUCUGUACUGAACCUAGUCGACUACUAGACACAGAGGAGGGGCUCACUGAUAGAAGCAGUUAUAGGUGUUAGUUUAAAAUUUUAUUUCUAUAUAUUCUAUGCUGCAUUUAAGUACAGGUUUCUGUAUGUGGAAGCGAGGAAGGAAACUAAGAAGACAUUCAUUCAGCCAUACCUGUGUACCAUUAUAUGGCACAUCAACAGAGAGAACAGAGAGGCAGCAUGAUGACCACAGGCCCAGUCAGUUAUAGCUUGAUGUUUAUAUGUUUAGUCUUAGCAUACUUUUUUUUUAGCAUAAUAUAGUCCUUCUUAAGGAAACUGAAGUUAUAUGAUUUCUUUCUAAUGUAGGAAUUCAUGGCUAUACAGACUAUUUCAGUAAGCACAGACUUAAAAUUACUAAUAAUACAGUUUUCACAUAAAAAAUUUGCAAAAUUAGCUGGCAUGAAUAGUUUUUAUUUUUUUAAAUCAAAUUGUGGUGUGGUGUGGUUUAUAAAUGGGUGCUAGAUUAUAUGUAUGUCGAUACACAAAUAUAUUUAAGAUAUACAUGCACCUAGAUAAAUUACAUAAUUCUGAAGUUAAUUUCAUCUACUCCCUGGACCUUCUACAAGUGUAUACAUUUUACAAAAUUCAAAACAAAUUAAAACAAACUGCCAGUAGAAGAACAGAACUUGGUAAGUGCUACAGGAAACCAUAAAGAGCACAGGGGAUGAAUAUGCAUUAGUAUUAAAACUACAGGCCCAAGCCACUUAAGCUGGUGUACACAAUAACCUGACCCUUUAAAUUACAGGAAUUUCUUUGAAUAGGACCCAAUAUAGCAAGUAUACAUUGUAACAUGUCUAGGGUAAUUAUUGAAAAUUCUCUUAAUUUUUCUAAAGGAAAAAAGUCACUAGAUAUGAAUUAGUAUUAUUUCCCCAUAAGUGACAUUUUUUUCCCAUUUUAGCUGUUAUGGAAUUGCAAUAGGGUUAGAUGUGUAAUAACAGUAUCAUAACAGAUUAAGAAAAAGUCCAAUUGUUUUAUAAGCAUCAUUUGAAAUUACUUGGAGAAGUAAAAUUCAGAGUAUAUAUCAAAUAUUUCAUACAAAAAAGACUAUAAAAAAAUCAUGGACUUUAUUAUACAUUAAAAAUAUCCUAACAGCAUAUUUCCUGAAGCCUUGUCAGGAAUACUUAUUUUGACAAAAUGAAAAAAUAAGUUCUUCACUCCACAUGUAUACCACCAUUACAUAAAGUCGAGUUUUUCAAAUUUAAUUCUAAAGGGAAAUGAAGCAUAAUUUUUAAUUGUAUAUGCAUGAUUAACAAUAUCAGUGAAAUAUGAACCAAUUCACUUACAUUACAAAAUCACCAAAUAUACAAAGUGGUUUUGCACAUUAGUUAUAACUUAAUCCCCAGUUCUCAUAUUAACCUAAGUAAAUUACACGAGUACAGCCACAAGAGAUUAGUUAAAAAGUAUAAUAUAGUUCCAGUUUCAAAUUAUUAUGUAUUAUUAAUUAAUACGGAAGAAAAAAAUCUCAUGAAAGAAAA